GUGCGAAAAGAGGAAAGCCCCAAAAGAAGAGGAAGAGGCACAGGAAGCAAGGGAUGUUGCCAAGACCAAGAGAAGGUCUCAGAGGAGGCAUCCUAAUAGAGAAGAUCAGAGGUCUGGAAUUGCCCAGAGACCCAAGCUCACCUGAGGGUCGGUCCCUUUUCUGAGCACAGCACAGUACAGGCUGCCUCCCCGGGGGAGGCAUUGGGCCCCCUACACGAUUUAUUAUGGCCUGUGUAAACUGGCACAUGGUCAUCUCCGUGGCCAUUGUUGUGGUUGUCAAAGCUGUUGGCACAACCUUUUUUCUCCUUUAUCUACCACAGAUAUUCCCUCCUGUCUUCAAAGAGAGCCCCAACUCCACCAGCACAGAAAGAAGCACACCAGUGCCCUGGACAUCUCCCACUACCUUUAAAGAGAACUCCAAACACUCCACCACUGAAAACAGCAGAACUGUUCCACCGAUCUCCCCUGCCACCUCUGAAGGGAACUUCAGAUAUACCACCCCAGAGAAAACCGGAACAGAUUGCCCCAUUCGGUGGGAUUUUUAUAUGGGGAGAUGCUAUUUCUUCUCUACCAAUGAAGAAAACUGGAACAAUAGUCAGACCCGGUGCUCUAAUGAAGGAACUACACUGGCAAUUAUCAACAACGAAGGGGAGCAGAAUUUUCUCCGGGAGAGAGCUGGUUCAGAGGUAUAUUUCAUUGGCCUUCGAUACCAGAGUUCACAAAAAAGCUGGCAGUGGAUUGACGGCUCAGGAUUCAUGGUCCACAUUACAAAUGACCCGCCAAAUUUUGACUGUGGAACUAUAGGGGUCAGUCCCACCAUAGACAAGUCAUCAUGUGAGAUUUCCCAUCGAUGGAUAUGUGAGAAGAGAGCUUUGUAAUCCCCAUUAUUUUGGCACGACUCCCUAAGGUGAGGAGAGAGGGACAUGCCUCCCACAAUACACAGACCAAGGCCAUGAAAGAGCCCUCAACUGAGGAAAACCUCUCAAACCUCCUCUUCACUCAGCGGAACACCUGUGAAAUUUCUAAGCCAUCUAGGAUGUAAACACAUCAUCUCUAAACCCGGAAAAGGUGGCAUUGGUUAUAGGCAGAAAUGCCCAGUACUUAGACACUUUAAAAAGAGAUUUGAAGGCAGAGAUUCAUGAGAAAAAAUUCAGUAGGUUCUCUCUAGCUCUCUGUAAACUUGAUCAUCCUGAACUUGUAUAUUUUAUUUUGUUUUAUCUUUUCUUUAA